GUCCGAAGUCGAGAGACCCCCGACAACCCCGCACGAGGGCAUCCGCCAGGGUGCUAAGGAAUAGAUAAGAGUCUCCCUCUCGUUAUAAUUCCUACAACACUGGAUCCGGAUCAGCCGAUGCUACUAGAGCAGUCAGAGCUUUCCUCGCGACGACUGAACGGUAACAUUGUCAACGGACUGACUUGGAAGCGGCCUGGCAUCUGGCCCACCUGGAAGGUUGUUGAGCAAGCCCAACUCUCGCAAUCUCAUUUUGAAUAUUUGGGGUUGAUCGCCAUGACGGAGAAUAUCACAGGCAGAGCCCUACUGUCGAACAAUAUCGUGAUCAUUGCUGCGGCUACGUUGUUAGCAUGUACUCUGUAUCGUUUCAUCUACCAGCCAUUAUACGGAACUCCUCUUGCACGAAUUCCAGGCUCAAAGAUAUUUGCAGCAACUAAAUGGCGUCUCGCACUUGCUGAUUACCAAGGAAUUCGGACGCAAACCAUUCACUCGCUGCACCGACGAUACGGGCCCGUCGUACGCAUUGGCCCCAAUGAAGUAUCUUUCUCCUCCCUGAGUGCCUUGAAAGCAAUCUAUGGGGCUGGGUCUGGGUUUGAAAGAACUGCGUUUUAUCGAAUGUUUGAUGCCUAUGGACGUCAGAAUCUCUUCACCUUUGCUGGCACUAAACAGCAUGCCGAGAGAAAGAAGCUACUUGCCCAUGCUUACUCGAAGAGUGUGAUACUCUCACCUAAUGCGAUAGCAAGACCGUUGAUUGAGAAAAACGUCAGCAAGUAUCUUGAACUUUUGGAACGUGAGAAAGAUGUGGCCGAGGAGAUUUUCCAGAGCUUGCAUUGGUUCAGCUUGGACAGUAUUACUGGCUUCCUCUAUGGAGACAAAUAUGGGGGAACACAUGCGGUCGCUGGGAAUAAAGAACACCGGCAACUGAUCGGAGAUAUUAUUGAUCCCAGUCGACGAAAGCUGAGCUGGUACGCUACUCAUUUGAAAAGCUACACAAAGUGGCUUUAUACCCGAACCGGGAUGAUGGAGAGAUUUAUUACCAGUCUGGGUCUAUUGCCGAUGGAAAAGCCAGCCACGUAUACUGGCAUUCGAGCACACGCACUCCAGUCAUGGACGGCUUUCGAGGCUGCUGCUGUUGAAAGUACCCCGACUCGGGAAUUUGCCAUUAUUGAAAAGAUUUGGAAACAGAGCAAAUCGGGCAAAGGAACCCGUCUUGACGGUCUGGAUAUGGCUUCCGAGCUGGCAGAUCAUUUCCUCGCCGGUAUAGACACCACAAGUGACACGCUGAUGUUCACCAUUUGGGCCCUCUCUCGAGAAGAGAAUCGAAAAUACCAAGAGAAGUUGAUCGACGAGGUCAGUAAGAUUUCCGAGAUAGAUUGCAAUGAUGACGGCAACCCCACUGCAGAGGCCGUGGACAAACUUCCGUAUCUCGAUGCUGUUAUCAAGGAGACCCUCCGACUCUAUGCGCCCCUGCCAGCUUCGGAGCCACGGUCUUUGCCGGCUCACACAACGAUCGACGGAUAUACGAUUCCCGCGGGAACAGUCGUAAGCAUGUCGCCAUAUACACUGCACCGCAAUCCAGAAGUAUUCCCCGAGCCUUUGAAGUUCAAGCCUGAGCGGUGGCUAGGCGAAAGUGGUGAUUUGACCGAGAUGAAGAAAUGGUUUUGGGCAUUUUCGAGUGGAGGGCGUAUGUGCAUUGGGCUGCAUCUUGCUAUGGCAGAAAUGACAACAUUGCUUGCAGCAAUUUACAGGCGGUACACAACCAGUGAGUAUAAGCGGCAGAGAGGAUCAAGUCCAGUCAUCACGAGCCGGUUCGAAGUUUUCUACGACGAGACUCUUCCAAAAGCCGAGGAACAUGAAUGUUUUAUCAACUUCGAGAAAAGGCACGGCACCUGA